UGCUGGAGAAACGUGUGUAGUACAGUAACUCCCUAUAAUCUUCCAGGCAAGUUAGCUCUCCGCCUCUCCCAUUAUUCUUCAAGGAGGAUGUCCAAUCAGGCCAACCCGACGACGGAGAAACUUAUUUUGAAGGCGGGCUAGCUCUCCCAUUAAUCUUCAAGCCUGUCGAAUCAGGCCAACUCGCCGGAGAAACGUGUAUAGGAACUCCCGAUGAUCUUGAAGGGUUUGAAUCAUUGGUCGCUGCUGCCUUGCCCUAAAAAAAAGCGGCGAGGAAAGCUUUCUUUAUUGAUUUGCCGGAUGUGGAACUGCUGGGAUUCAUUCCAACCAAUAAUACUGCUCCAGGCCCUGAUCCUCCUGUAGUGUCUACACUGAAAUCUGUCUGACAAUUAGCUGAUUUUGCUGAUAUGAUCAGGGUUGAGUUUGGUACUAUGGCAGACUUGCCUUGUGGUUUGACUGUAGAAGACUUUAUUGGUAAUACCCUGUUUGGCCAAGUGUAUCAGGGAAAAAUAAUUCAGCAACAAGGCUUGAACAACAUCAAAGAGGCUAAUGUUUUGGUGAAAGCAUGGAACUAUCGUUUGUUAGAAGUUAGAAGCCUUGCUAAUCCUUCUAACAGGUUCUGGAGACAAAUUGCUAAAGGAAGAUUCCGCGAUGAAAUGAAGCUACUAACAGCGUCAUCGCCCUUGUCACGCCAUGAUAACAUGGUAAAGUUAAUCGGAAGCGGUCUUGUAAAUGGGCGGCUGGCUGCCGUGUAUGAGCUAGAUCCGCUGGAUACCCUGCGUAACCUCCUUCCUCGAGAUGAAUUUGGCUGGUUUCCACGAGUCAAGGCUGCAAUUCAAUUUGCAUCUCUUGUUGAAGCUUUUCAUCCUCAAAACCUCAAGCUUUGCAAUAUCUGUGCAGAUAAUUUAGUGCUUGACAAGGUUUUCCAUGUGAAGUUAGUUGACUUCGGUUUGCUUAUUGGUGGAGAUUUUGGUGAAAUUCCCCUGUUCGGAAAAGUGUGGGGAUGCUUUGGCUAUGUGGAUCCAUGUUAUUCCGAGACAGAUACAACUCACUUAACUCCUUGUGCUACGUGGACUUAUCAAUUCUUAUAGCAUUUGCGCGAGCGCGAGCACACACGUGUGUGCGCGCGCUUUGAAAAGGUACUCCCUGCAGAACACACACUUCCUAUAUUUUGGUCUAUUACUCCUUGCCCGCCAAUGGCGGGAGCCUCGUGCGCACUAGGUUUGCCCUUACUCCUUGCUGGCCAAUGCGACUUCAUUGAAUGCCCAUUCAAUUACACCAUUGACUGAUAGAAUUGCCUUAGUGGAGCAAAGAAACCGUUAGCUCCAACAUUGUCUCCAGCUGGAACAUAAUGAUCUCCCCUCGACUACAUCUUCAAUUCCCUCAGCGGUAAGUACCACAUGAUAUGCCCUGCUUCUAAUUCCCAAACUACACGCCGUCCUUGCCACUGCCUCCUUGAUUCACUUUGGAAAGGUCAUUUUCUUGAACCCUCUCAUUGGUAUCCUCCUCCCAGUGAAAACGACUUCGUGCAACAUUUGUUGCUUUGACAGAGACCAUCCUAGAUAGGGCUGAGCAAAUAAUCUUUAACUAUCUUGAUUUUUAGGUUGGUAUUAGAGGGUUCCAAGUGUAUCUGUUAUAUUAUGCUUUGGUCCUUGUGAUUUCGAUAAUCUGUUAUUCUUGUAUUCUUUCUUAGUUCUUGGGUUGCUAUUGGAGGGUUCCAAGUGUAUUUCAUCUUAUGCUUUGGUUCUUGAGAUUUGGAACAUCUGUUAUGCAUGUAUUCUAGUGAUUUCAAUAAUUUGUUAUGCUUGUAUUCUUUCUUAGUUCUUGGGUUGCUAUUGGAGGGUUCCAAGUGUAGCUUUCAUCUUAUGCUUUGGUUCUUGAUAUUUGGAACAUCUGUUAUGCAUGUAUUCUAUAUUCAUUGCCUAAUUGAGAUCGUUGAAAUCACAAACUUCUUAUGCGUUGGGGUUCCGGGUGACUUUCUUCCUCGCUUUCAUGUUGUAUUAGGAACGGAACUAAGAACGGGUUGUAAUUAUAAGAUAUUUCUGUGGAUCUCUGAAUUCUCGUAUGGUGUUUUACUUUUGGAGCUUGUAACAAAAAGAGCUGCGCGAGAGGGGGAAUUUCAUCUUCACGUUUGGGCCAGGGGAGAGUACGAAACCAGGCCUAAGAAGACCCAGUAUCGGAAGGAUUGCCGACGUUGUCCCCCGUGCUAGAAGUGCAUGAAAGCUUGAGAGGCAGUGUGUGGUUUGAUGCAAAAGAUGGAGCUGCAAUCAUUGAAUUGGCAUUGCGCUGUGUUAGUCGCAACCUAGUUGAACAACCAACCAUCAAGGGAGUAGUUGAACGUUUGCGACAGUUAGAAUUGGCCUAGAGGAUGAACCUGUAAGACCGGGUUAGAUUGGAAUUAAAAUUAAAUGGGGCUUGGUUUGCUGCCAAAUGGUUAUCCUACUGUAACACAAGCCAGUGCAUGUUGAAUUUAAGACUUCUGAAUGUUUCACUUGCAUGUAUUUCAAGUACAGAUAUUUGGCGUUAUGUCAUCUAUUUUGAUUAUGUCGUCCGUCUGUC